CAAGGCCACAACGCUUUCCAGAAAAUUUACGACACAGAUACCGAUUCUAUUCCCGAUCUCCGGAAGGAAAUCAGCAGGGACAUUUCAACGACGUCACGCUUUGCGAACACAAUGAUGCCACCGACCUGCAAAGCCCGCGACAAUCUAGAACGAUUCAUCGAUUACAGACGCGACAUCACGAGCGCCACCUUGACGUCCGAGGAGAGCCGCUAGUUCAAUUUUGUUGCAUCAUUAUGUCCAUGUGAUAAGCCUGGAUGAUAACAACUUUUAUGGAUCUUCUGGGAAAUACCAGCAACCGCCGACGAAUUGGGACGAGUCUCGAUCGCGAGAUGCAUUGAUAUUCGUCUGACAGUCUCGCCACUCUCCACGUGAGUGCAUGUCUAGAAAGAAACUCACUAAAGGAGACUGGGAUGCGAAAUGAGCUUCGAAUCUGAAACGGGCAGUUGUCGCUCUCUCCUUGAAAGCUUCUGGAACCACCGGCAGUGGACACCUGUGUAAUUACCAGUUUCUCAGGCCCAUCGCAAAGCAUAAAUUCUCGCUCCCGCGGCGAGGGUUUCCAAGUCACCCCUAAAAAUGCCUGCACCCACUUGCACCGGCCCCCUUCAGGAUUUCACACAUGUCCAACAAAUCGUUUCCGUCUUGGGAGGGAGCAUCGACGCUUGCCUGCUCGGCGAAGAUAUGCAGCCUCUGCGACACGGACAGGUGAUUGUUUGCGAGAACCAGAUUUCAGCCACCUUCGAGCUGCCGCCCGAGACCAUAUUCUGCGUCAGUUGGCGCUCUCACAACGCCAUCACCGCUCUAGCCGCUCUCGUUCAUCCAAGCUUUGAUGGAACUCACGUCCAAGAUUAUUGCUGCACGGCGGUAUUGCCCAUGGACGCCCAUUCCCCGGAAACCCAACACCAAAAUUCUUCGGAUGCCCAGAUGUCCGGCGCCGCCAUAGAUGGAUGGUUUACUGGUCCCCAGGCUCUCCAAAUCGGGUUUGUCCAGCUCGAGUUCCGAAAGGCAGUCCGCACAGUUGCAGCGGACGGGUUCUACGACUACGACUACGACACGAGCCCCGAAGCUGCGCAAUGCCUGCCUCUCAUCUUCCGGUUCAACCUCAUUGGCACGGAUCCUCCUCCUUCACUCGGCGCGGGGCUAAACCCGCCGCGCUCAGCGCCACCGUCAUACGAUCAGGUCAUCGCGCAGUCCCGGAUUAUCGCCGAAAUUCUGACGGCAAUGUUGAGAAACGGGUGUCGCAUCGAUCCGGCGUUUCUCGCUGCAUUUCUCAAGUUAGCAAUCCCGAGUGUUCUCGGUCGGUGGGCUGACCUCACCCCGCAGCAAUCUCAAGAUGUAUGAAAGGGAAAUACAAUGCUGAAACGCAUGCGAUGUAUAUAUAUCUAUAUUGUACUCGGAUUCACUUGCCU